AAAAAGAAAAGAAUAAAGAACUUGAAGAAGAAAAUAAAAGAUUAGAAAAAACUAUCGAAGAGCUUAAACAUAAUCAUCAAAUUGAGAUUGAUCAACUAAAACAAAAAAUUAAAGAUAAAGAUGAUGAGAUUAAUAACCUAAAAAAUGAACGUGAUAGGUAUAAAUUAAUGUAUGAAACACAAAAACAAGUUAUUGAUAAUUUAGAAAAAGAUAAAAAAGAAUUAAAUGAUCUCUAUGAAAAAUGUAAAAAAAAUCACGUAGAUUAUGAUUCUGUAAAGGCCCAAUUAGAAAAAAUUACAAAAGAUAAGAACAAACUUGAAAAGGAAAAUGAAGACUUGAAGGAUAAAAUGAACGAAAAAGAAAAAAAGAUUGAUGAGAUAAAUGUUAAUGUUAAAGAAAUUUUUAGUGUAGUUAAAAAUUUACCACCUACAUUAUUACGUGAAAUAAUUAAGGAGAUGGAGAAAAAUAAUCAUGAAACAGUUGAUAUCAAAGAACAAAUAAAAGGAUUGCAACGAUUAUCUAGAUAA